CCAAUUCCAAUUCCAUUAAAGUGGGAUUUUCAAUAUAAAGCACCAAUUACACAUUACCCCACUAUUAUUCUUCUUUCCUUCUUCUCCCUUCUUCGUCUUCUUCUUCUCCUUUUCAAAUCAAUUCAAACAUAUUCCCUCAUGAGCUACUACGACCACCAACAGCCCCCCGUCGGGGCUCCCCCACCGCAAGGGUUCCCUCCCAAGGAUUCUUACCCUCCACCAGGGUACCCUGUUCAAGGCUACCCAGCAGCUCAAGGGUAUCCUCCUCCGCCACCGCCGCCGCCGGGGUAUGCCCCACAGUAUAGUCAACCUCCUCCCAAGAAUGAAUCAACCGGUUGCCUUGAAGGAUGUUUAGCAGCACUUUGUUGCUGUUGUCUAUUGGAUGCUUGCUUCUAACAACGUGAGGAUCAUUGUGACUAUAUCAUCAAACUUUAUAUACUUAAUUAUAAUAUAAUGUUCCAAUUUCACAUUGUAGUAUAAUAUGACAAUCAUCACAUAUAACUUUCUUCCCCCUUAAUAAAUUAUGUUGUUUAGGAAACAAUAUUCAAAUUAAAAAUGCUUGCCUUUCUUUUUUCCA